AUGGCUGCCAGUUUUAUGAGUGUAUAUAGAGAAGCGGAGUGUAAACCACAGACAUUUGGUGAGUUACCAGCGAACGGUGUCAGAAGACAGACGUUCUUCAGCGAACAUCAUGCAAGACCACACGAGAGCACUAACGACAGCUUAUUGCCUCCAAGGCCACACGAGAGCACUGACGACAGCUUAUUGCCUCCAAGGCCACACGAGAGCACUAACGACAGCUUAUUGCCUCCAAGGCCACACAAGAGCACUAGCGACAGCUUAUUGCCUCCAAGGCCACACGAGAGCACUGACGACAGCUUAUUGCCUCCAAGGCCACACAAGAGCACUAGCGACAGCUUAUUGCCUCCAAGGCCACACAAGAGCACUAGCGACAGCUUAUUGCCCCCAAGGCCACACGAGAGCACUGACGACAGCUUAUUGCCUCCAAGGCCACACGAGGGCACUAACGACAGCUUAUUGCCUCCAAGGCCACACAAGAGCACUAGCGACAGCUUAUUGCCUCCAAGGCCACACGAGAGCACUAACGACAGCUUAUUGCCUCCAAGGCCACACGAGGGCACUAACGACAGUUUAUUGCCUCCAAGACCACACGACAGCACUAACGACAGCUUAUUGCCUCCAAGGCCACGAGAACAACGUACAGAUAUUAUCCGCAGUAACCUAUUACGACCAAAUAGAAAAAUAACACCAGGGCUCAUCUGGUAUAAAUCUACUUUAGACAACAAUAAUUCAGUAGUUUAA